AUGUCUAAACUUCCCAAUAAUAUAAUACUUCCCAAUAAUAUAAUACUAAAGAAUUCUUCCUAAAAUAAUUCCACUCCCCACCAGCCCAUAAAAAGGUCUUUUUUCUCUCAAACUAAGAACUCUUUCCGAGCUUAAGCCCUCUAAUUUCCCUCUAUAGAAGAAUAAUAAUUAGACUAAAUUCCCGAAUUUUAACAACUCCCAAAUCAAAAUAACUAAAAAAAAGAAAGUGAAGAAAACAUUAUUAAUUAGAAGCAAAAGGGUGUCCUAGGACUAUUAUUUUCACCUUUAUUGAAAAGAGUAUUGACAAAAUACGAUAAUAAUCAAGUACCCAAAAUAUAAAUCCAUACGAUUAAUUUACAAUAGGAGACUUACAAGUUUUAAAAGAAACAAUUUAAAAAACCGUCAAGAACUAGAGUAGGAACUACAAUAAAUUCGCGAUAAAAAAAUAAACUAAAAUAAAUAACAUUAAAGCCAAAAGUAUUAAAAAAAUGGGAAAAAGUAAAAAACUAGCUCCUAAUUUUUACUGUCAUGAAAAAACUUAUUGGCGACAUAAAACAAUAUGGAACAUCCGUUCAGGCUUUAAAUAUUAGUGAUUAAAUCAUAGAUAGAUGUUAGGAUAUUUUAGAAAAACAGUAAGGAAUAUAAUCUAGUAAAAAGAAAAAAAAAUUCCUUUUAUAUCCAGAAAAUCAUCUGCUAAUUUAUACAAAUAUCAUACAACUAUUUAUUUUUAUAAACUUUACAAUAUUAUCUCCUUAUUUUCUCUUUUUUAGAGAAAAGCGUUCCUUAACUCACUAUAUAAUUGAUAAAAUAGUCGAUAUUUUAUGUUUUUUGGAUAUUAUUUUAAUCCUAAAUAGACCUUUUUAUAACCUAAAUGGUAUUUUAAUAGAUUCCCGAAAGUCAAUUUUUUUAAAAUACUUUAAAGGUUUUUUUAUUAUCGAUAUAUUGUAAAUAAUUCCUUUCGAAUUGUUCAUAAAUAAUAGCAUUUCUUUGUAUUUAAAUCCAGCCUAUUAUUCGGAUAUACUGAGAAUUUUGAGAAUUCCAAUAGUGUAUAAUCGAAUAAAUAUAAUUUAAAAAAUAUAAGAUUAUUUUAAAUUGACAAGUAUUUCAAUUCGUUUAUUUAAGUUUUUAUUCAAUGUGGCUUUUUGUGUACAUAUAGUAGGUUGUAUUUGGGUAUUUCUAUCCGAAAUAUAAAAUAAUACUCAAGAAAAAACCUGGAUUAAGACCUUCGGAAUCCAAAACGAAGAAAAUUUAACAAAAUAUCUAUUUUCUAUAUACUGGACUAUAACAACUUUAGCCACAGUAGGUUUUGGUGACAUAUCGGCUUAAAAUGACCUCGAAAAAAUAUUCACAAUAUUCUGGAUGAUAUUAGGAGCUGGUUUAUAUUCAUUUAUAGUAGGUUCUUUAUCUUCUAUGAUGACUGAUUCAGAAUCUCGUUAAUAAAAACUUGCCAAAGCAAUAUAUAUAAUGGAUGAGUUUUGUGAAUAAUCAAAGCUUCCAUUAAAAAUAAGGAAUAAAAUAAGGACUUCUUUAUAAUAUAAUUCCAUUAAAUGUUUACUAAGCAAUAGCGAAAAAGAGGAAUUCUUCGAUUCGAUUCCUAAUAAUCUAAAAAUAAAUUUAGCCAUGAACAUGUUCAAAGGGAUGAUUUCCGAAAUACCUUUUUUAAGGAACAAAGACAGUGUCUUUUUAGCCAAUCUACUACCCAUGUUAUAACCUUUGAAAUAUAAUAAAGGAGACUAUGUGUAUUAUUAGCAUUCCUAUCCUAAUCUUAUUUAUUUUAUAGUUGAUGGGAGAGUUAAUUUUCUUAUUGGAAAUAAUGAAAUGGCCUUUAAAACUUUCGUUUCGGGCUCCUAUUUUGGAGAAAUUGAAAUUUUCGAAUAAUGUUUAAGGCAGUUUAAUGUCAGAUGUUAGGAAGAUUCUGAAUUUUUGACUUUAGAUAGGGAAUAUUUAAAAGAAUUAAUGUAGAAAUUUCCAAAGGUUAAACAAGAAAUGAGGGCAAUGUCAAAAAGUAGUUAUUUGGAUUUACUCGAGAAAAAAAUUAAUGAACAUUCUGAAAAUAUUGAAAUUAUGGAAAAUAUGUGUAAAAAUAUACAAGAUGUUGUCUCAGCUUUAGCAAAAGAAAUUAAUGAAUUGGCUUUAUAAAAGGAUAAGAAAUAAAUAAAAUCAUAAUUUUUUUUUGAAGGAAUAUAAAAAAAUAACUCUUAAAUUAAAUUAAAAAAAAACGAUGCCUUAGAAAUGGCUUUAUUUGAAGAUUUAUGA